GCGGUUCACACAAACAUAGAACAAGUCCAUGGAUGAAGACAAGGCCUAUUUUUACUGAGUCAUGGAAUACAUCUUAUACCCGCUACUGCUCCUUAUUUUCAAUGUUUCAGAUGUGCUGGGUGUUCUGUGUAGCAGAAAGACCUACUCCUACUACUCCAGCACCACCUACUUCACCUGUACUUAUGGCUGCUGCGGUUCCUCCAGUACCAGAUACUGCUGCUCCAGAUCUGCUGUCAGCGUUCGGUUAACCGGGGGCAGCACAGCUGGUAUUGUUGUCGGUGUCCUCUUCAUCAUCUUCUGCAUCGUCAUCGUCGCUUACCUCUGUAAGAGGAAGCGGUACCACGGGAGCAUGAUGAGGCCAGGUGCUGUCGGACCGCAAACAGUUCAAACUGUGCACGUCUCACAUACUUCAGGUGCAAUGAUGGGCCCACCCCGUCAGAGUUACCCGCCUAUGUAUCAACCCCCUGCAUAUGGUCAAGCAGUGAUGUACCCUCAGCCUGCACCAGCGAUGCGCCACCCGCAACCGCCGCAACCAAUGCAUUCUGCACCCUUGGACCCAGGCUACGUGCCCCCAGCUCCAUUGUACAGCGCCCCACCCCCAAUGUACAAUGCACCUCCUCCAGCCUACAGUCAGGUACAAAGUUACCCCCCGGGACAGUACCCUCCAACAAAACAAUAGGACACAACAAUAGGACAUCUCUCAAAAUCAAAAUUAUAACUUGUCAUGAUUUUAAGAGCCCUGGGCAUUAUAGGUCAGCCAUUGGGACGGUACCGGUUAAAUAAUCGCAAUUACAAACGAAUAUUUAUAUUUAUGAUGGGCAUGAAAUUCUACAUGGACAUAACAGUUUAGGAUGUCUGCUGGUGAGGCUUUGUGUUUAAAGUGCAUCUAGGUCUGUGCAUUUAACAGGAUGCUACGUAACUACGAUGAUGCGUUAAAUCAUUGUAGAUUUGUAGCAGUGCAGACCACAUUUAUGACAGAGCUCGUAUUAUUCACAACAGAUAGAUGUGACGGUAGUGGAACUGCAACAUUCUUUAGCCAACAUGCAUGACGGUCUUUCAUAAUCACCUUUGUUACUGAAAUGCCACUGUGCAUCAACAAUGGUGAAAACAUGGCUAAGUGAAUGCACACUACGUUAAGGAAAUUAUAAAGAUUGUGGUCAACAGAAGUUGUAUCUGAAUAUUGUUCACAUACUUUGAAAUAUCAAGUGCUAUAAUUUAUACGCCCAUUAUUAUUAUUAAGAUAUUAUGCCUAAACAUGCUGCCAUGAUAAAGUUUUAAUUAGCAACGGAGUGCAGAGCGAUCCCUUACUACUUUCCAAUUUAAAACUACCUCCCUUAAAAUGUAAAUGUAUCUAAAUGCAGACCCACAGCUGUAAAUAUGCUUGUAAUCAUCCACGCAUUCUUGUAUUUGUCGCGGUGUGUUUCGAGUUGCGUAAUGCCUUUGGAUGUCCUUUUUUAGCAUACAUCCCCGACUUUGUCCAUGAUAAAAUGGCCCUUUAAGGAUUGAGUCAAUCUCAAAAUUCGUGCAUAUUUCAUGUAGGCAAAAAUUGGAAAUUUCGUUUUCUUCUUUUACCUUGAAAUGUUGUUGAUUAUGUUCAUAGUAUUCUGAAUAUCCAAAACAUAAUUUAUGCAAACUUAACGACGUUUUAUUUUUCAUAUUUUA